AUGUCUAAGCCAGAUGAAGCUCGGGAACUAAGUCUUAUAUCCAAAGUCGAGCUCAGAAUUGCUCUUGCAGAUAGUGAUUCCAAGCUUCAAUCUCUCCUCCAGACAUACCUCGCUCCACUCCUCCUCAAACUAGCUUCUGAAAGUCUUGCAGUACGCAAUAAAGUUAUCGCCAUCUGCCAACAUAUCAACACGAGAAUCCAACCACCAUCAAUUACCCUUCCAGUUGCAGUGCUGCUGAAACAGUUUAAAGACGUUAAAACUCCGCUGGUGCGCCAUUUUGAUCUAAUCUAUAUCAAACAUGGACUUGAUCGGAUCACCGCUAAUGAGCGACUUGAGCUUAUCCCAGUUCUGAUCCAGGGGAUCGCUGAAAUUGAUGGUCCAGUGUCUGCUUCCUCGCAGGGUUCUAUAGUAUUCAAUCUGCUAUUGAGAUUGUUACCGUUACUGAAGUUGCCUCAGAGGGGCAGUGAGGAGGAUCUAGCGCUGAGGACGAAGCUAGGUAUUUCCGACGCAGAUGCUGCUUUCUUGGAGAAGUGGUUUGGUAAACUCUUGCUUUUGGUGCCUGGUGCAAAAGAUGCUACGAGAUGUCCCGCCCUUACUCCUUCAGAGUACAGGUUUGUAAAUAGGGACGCGUCGCCUGAUGAGACAUGGAAUCCUUCAGUUGCUGGCGGCCUUAAUCUAACCGAGACAAAAGUUGCGGUUGCGAAGUUCUUGGCCAGCGGGGCUUUUACAGAUUUUGAGCGCUUUACAGCAGCUGUUAUAGCCUCCGCUGACCCGAAUAGUCGACUUUCUGACGUUGGAGAAGAUAUACUAAAACGCUUUCAACCGGAUCUGGAGAGAGCGGAGAUUGUGGAUGAGCUAUUUGGCCUCUACUUUGGAACUAAGGGCCCGGAAGGUGCUCCUCCAGCAAGACCGGCCUUACAAGCUAAGAUUCUUGGAUUUCUAAGCAAAUCAGUGAAGGCUACUACCGAACCGGAGCGGAUUAAUCGGCUUCUUGACUCAGGACUCUUGUCGAAUGAUGAUACAGCGGCAAAAGGCCUCGAAGCAUCGAAGCUCCGAAGCCAGAUAUUUACUUUCGUCACAUGGAUUGCCCGUAUGGGCUCUGCUGCAGACUUAAACGUCGUUGCACCCCGCUCCAUCGAGGGUUUAAUGAACUUUGUUUCUUACCAGGGAUGGCCCGACCCCAACACCAACACCAAUGCGCAAAAGCUUAGUCCUUCAGAGCUUAGCCUUCGAAGUCUUGCGUACGAGACUAUCGGCGUUCUCGCGCCGAAAAUCCAACGGGCUUCACAGAAUGAUGAGGGGAAGGUUUUCGAUCUCGUCCUUCUCCGAUGGCUGUUUACGUCACUAAGUUCUGACUCUGCAAGCGGCCAGAUUUUUGUGAGCAUCGAGCAAGCCCUGGGAGGUAUCUUGAACGCUAUUGCAAGUAACGCGGAUGAGUAUCUUCAAAGCCAAAUCCGUCCGCUUUUGAUUCAUUAUAUGAAUGCGGAACCAGAUACGCUAGACUCUGACACAGGAUUCCAUAUUGUACGAAGUACGAGAUUUGCUGCCGUGCGGUUUGCAAAUCGAUGUCUGCCUUAUUGGGAUGUGCAAGCACGGUGGAUAGAUUUGAUGGCCAUUGGCGGGGAGUCAGGAGGAAGAUAUGAAAUUAUAGAAGAGGGUCAGAAAGGUCUUGAUCCGUACUGGUAUAGGAUGCUUAAUCCUCCCAAGGAUAGGAGCUGGGUAAUGUCAACAUCUCCAAAUUCCGACAUUGAUCCUCGAUAUAGAUUUCCUCAGUUUACGGAAUUAGUACGCUCUCUCUUUGGGGAUCCUGGCGAUGACGUCGAAAUGGAUGAUGGAGCCAUUUCCAUCCCCGCCAGAUUUGCUGCCAACUAUAUCAAUUCAUUUGCCCCGGCUAUUACAUUUGUUCGCAAUAUCCUCCUUUCCGAAUCACUCCAAGUUGCUGAGUCGCCCUUGAGCGUAGAGCCAGACUGGGAACACCGUCUUGACGCAAUCAUCUCCACAAAGGAAGAUGCAAGGAAGAGUCUCAAAAAAUAUCUUAUACAAUGCGACAAGGAGGCGACUCUUCGGUUUUUGAAGGCCUCUCUCGCUGGCCUCCUCUGGAAGAAUGGCCAAGGCUUAGGCCGCUGUGGAAUCCAUUUUGUUGAGGUCUGCAGUCUCGCAUCGGAUGAACUUCUUUCUCCGAUUGCUAAUCAUGCCUCGUUGCUUAAAGAUUCGAUACUGUCGAAUAACGUCGCAUCGCAGGAUGUAGCAGCCCAGGCAUUUGGUAUUUUAGCUUCUCACGUGGACUAUCCAACAUCACAGAUUCAGCAGUUAUUCGAUUCAUUUGCCCUUUUGAUUGAGUCUUGGAGAGCUGCAGUUGGCCAGGGUGUAAAUCAUUGCAGAGGUGCAUUAAUCGGUCUAACCCAACUUCUGUCUCGCUUAUCUUUUCGAGGGAGAACGGGGGUUAUAUCUGAAACACAGAUCCCAAGAUUUGUAGAGACUACCCUGGAUAUUUUGCACAAUUCAAGAGAUCUGGCGCUCAAAGAGGCUGCCCAAAUUUCAAUCGGACAGCUGAGUCUCUCAUCCCUUUUGCAACCAUUAUCUUUUCCUGGAGACGAUACCAAUGAGGCCGCGAAGAAAGUUAUAGAUAAGAUUCUAGAGGAUGCAAAGAAGGAGAAAGGAACAGCAAUUCUGAGUUUGGGGCGCCUGUCGCUAGUUCUUCCCAAAGACGAAACCGAAUCCUCUCCGUUUAAACAUUUGCUGAAUUCCCUCUAUGAUCUUCAUGAAGUCCGACGACCAGAAGUUCAAUUUUCCGUCGGAGAAGCUUUGUGCACCGUUGCAGUUGGAUGGUCGUCGAAAGCACUUAUUACCGCUUUCGACGUAGAUGCAGCUUGGCCAAAUUCAGAUAUACCGUCACAUAUCCUUUCAGAUAUGCUUGAUAAAAUUAUUAUCGAUUGUAAGGCGUCGAAACCGUCAUUGAGGAAAGCAUCUGUCAUCUGGCUUCUCUGCUUGAUCCAAUACUGCGGACAGUUUUCGCAAGUACAAGACCGUCUGCGGAAAUGCCAGGCUACUUUUGUAUGGCUCUUGUCUGACCGAGAUGAAAUCGUUCAGGAGACAGGGUCCAGAGGCUUGAGUCUGGUAUAUGAGAUGGGCAGCCAGGAGCUUAAAGAUGACUUGGUUCGGGAUCUGGCUCAAACCUCGGAGGCGGCAAAAUUUCCUCUGAUACAGAGCUGUUCGAACCCGGUGCGCUCCCUACAGGUGACGGAUCAGUUACAACUUAUAAGGAUAUCAUUGGACUUGCAUCCGAAGUCGGAGAUCCAAGCCUCGUCUAUCGAUUUAUGUCCCCUUGCUUCCAAUAAUGCGAUCUGGUCAAGUCGUGCAGCGUUUGGCAGAUUUGGACUCAGCAAUGUUCUUUCUGAUUCAAACUUCAACGGAUACCUUGCGCAAAAUCCUAAACUGUAUCCCAAGCUAUAUCGAUACAGAUUCGACCCCAACACCAAUGUGCAGCGAUCAAUGAACGAUAUUUGGAAUGCUCUGGUUAAAGAUUCUAAUGUUGUGAUCGACUCAAAUUUCGAUGCCAUUAUGGAUGACCUGCUAAAAAGUAUCAUGACUGGUAGAGAGUGGAGGGUGCGGCAGGCAAGCUGUGCAGCAAUCGCUGACCUAAUUCAAGGACGGUCUGUUGAGAAGUACGAAAAAUAUCUUGGCGAUAUCCUUACCAAAGCGUUCAAAGUUCUGGACGAUAUCAAGGCGACAGUGCGCCAAGCUGCCCUAAGACUCUGCCAGGUUCUCACAAAUAUCGUUAUUCGAGCUUUGGAGUCUAGUGAUGCCGAUUCGAAACGGGCAAGGGUCAUGUUAAAGCAUAUUAUUCCGUUUCUCCUCAGCCGUGAGGGUAUGGAGUCCGCCGCAGAAGAUGUACAAGUUUAUGCCAUAACAACAUUAACGAAGAUAAUCAAGAAAAGCCCCAGAAAAACACUGCGCCCCUUCGUACCUCAAAUAUUAGAAAGAUUUCUUGCAUCGUUAAGUUCGCUCGAACCUCAAGCUGUCAAUUACGUUCAUCUCAACGCUGAUAAGUAUGGCUUGACCGGGCAUGAUAUUGAUAAGAUGAGGCUAUCAGCGAUUCGUACAUCUCCGAUGAUGGAAGCCAUUGAACUCUAUCUUCUCGAGUCACUCGAUGAAGAAAGCAUGAAGAAAGUGGCAGAUAGGCUGGAAGAUGUGCUACGAUCAGCAAUUGGCCUACCAUCCAAAGUUGGCGUCAGCCGUGUACUAGCGAUUCUCAGUUCGAAGGCUUUUCUAUUUCGCCCACAUGCGGACCGCUUUGUUCAACUGAUGCGGAAAUAUGUUCUUGACCGGAACGAUACCAUUAGUGCUUCAUACAGCUCUUCCUUGGGGUACCUCAUGCGAUUGGCAACAGAUGAACAGGUGCUGAAAACUAUUGACUGUGCAAAAUCGUUAUACUUUGAUGCCGACGAGACAUCUCACCGCGUCAUCUCCGGGGAGAUCUUACAUUCUAUUUCAAAGCUGGCAAAUGACCGUAUCGCAGCAUUUUCGGCUGCCUUCCUCCCAUUUAUCUUUGUUGCUAUGCAUGAUACGGACGAGCAGGUCAGGGAUCUUUUUUCAAAAACGUGGAAUGAUAACGUCAGCGGAUCACGCGCCGUAUCACUCUAUCUUCAGGAAAUUCUGGUGAUUAUUUCUAGCCACCUCGACUCUCUGCGCUGGGCCAUUAAGCACACUUCUGCCCUUGCCAUUGCAAAGGUGACUUCAACACUAGACGACAACAUUGAUCUCGAAACCUCGGAGCGUAUUUGGCCAAUUAUCGAAAAGGCCGUUUCAGGAAAGACUUGGGAAGGAAAGGAGACGGUACUGGAAGGGUUCGUUAAAUUUUCGCGCAAUUCAAAAGCUUCAUUAGGCCAGCAGAGCGAUAUUCGUGAUCAAUCGAAGGCUAUUGUGGUAAGAGAGGCCCAGCGAAACAAUCCUGCUUAUAGGCCCCAUGCACUCAAAUCUCUUGGUGAAUUUGCGAAAAUUUGGAAUGAGUUAGACCUCAUGCCUGAAGCUAUAAGAAUUGUUUCCCAGGUGGUUGAGGAUCUGGCCGACGAUUCCAAAGAAAAAAUGCAAGUAGACACGGGAAACGGUAGUGCUUCAAAGGUCGAGACACAAACACUUGCUGCGGGUGUAGAGUGCAUUUUCAACUGCCUUAAUCCCUCAAUUCCUAUUUCUGCAUUCACCCAAUAUCUAUCUCAAAUACCUCCGAUUAUCGGCAAGGCUGUUACAUACGGUGGCAGGACUGUCUACAACGUUGAGUACGAGGGGCUCAAUACGGUUUUCGGAAAUCUCACGAACGCCAUUUCAAAUCCUGACUUUGAGAUAGUUACUGGAGAGCCAAACAAAGGUCUUCAAACUGCAUUGUUAUCUCUAGCUGACCAACUCUUAUUCCGUGAUCUUGACCUGUGUGUGGAAAACACGAGGCAUAGUCGUGCUCAGGCAGCUCUUGCAUACAUACAGGCAUGCAAUGGACUUAAAAUUAAAGUUACCCAAGAACAAUGCCAGCAGGUUCAAGGGUGGCUAGCAGUCGAACGAUCCGUCCAGGUCCAGACUGUCCUGCGCCAAGCACUAGGGGAGAUCUCGUAA